CCGGCUUUAAGGGCUCUUUCUAGGUUUUUUGUGCUGCUUGUAGUAUUUUUAGGUUUUUUUUUUUCUUUCGAUUUUUUUAAGCCACUACUAGAAGAUGUCUGGCCGCGGGAAGCAGGGCGGGAAGGCGCGGGCCAAGGCCAAGUCGCGCUCGUCGCGGGCCGGGCUGCAGUUCCCGGUGGGCCGCGUCCACCGGCUGCUCCGCAAAGGCAACUACGCGGAGCGGGUGGGCGCCGGCGCCCCGGUGUACCUGGCGGCCGUGCUGGAGUACCUGACGGCCGAGAUCCUGGAGCUGGCGGGCAAUGCAGCCCGCGACAACAAGAAGACGCGCAUCAUCCCCCGCCACCUGCAGCUGGCCAUCCGCAACGACGAGGAGCUCAACAAGCUGCUGGGCAAGGUGACCAUCGCGCAGGGCGGGGUGCUGCCCAACAUCCAGGCCGUGCUGCUGCCCAAGAAGACUGACAGCCACAAGGCUAAAGCCAAGUAAAACUCUUACCGACGACUAACCCAAAGGCUCUUUUAAGAGCCACCCACAUCCUCUUAGAAAGAGCAGGAACACUGAAGCUUGCAAGUAUGUGCUCCUUUCGAGAGAUUCUAAUUUAUUUGGGAACUUUUUAGAUCUAAAUGUUUCUCGAGCAUACGGUUUCCUUGUUUAGUUUCUAGAUCUACUAAAACUUAAUUCCUAUGUAGUCUUUCAACUUUGUUCCUGCUUUUUUCUCCCGUUAGGAAGUUAACCUGCUUAUGUAAACGUUUCUCAGUUUCACUUCGCUGAACGCUCAAUAAAGGCGGGCGUAAAUGACUGAGA